AUGGCAAUGCCUAUAUUAGUUCACGCCUGGAAGGAACAAGUCAUUCGAGAGCAGCUGGUGCACCUUUUAGAUCGACAAGAUCUUGCAACAUGUCGCUUGAUCUGUCGAGACCUGGCCCUAGAGCUAGCCCCACUGCUGUUCACCGAAAUCACGAUUUUCUUCCGCAGUGGCAUCUUGACCAAGCCAUCGCACCUAGCAGUACUCCAGCGCAUUGGUCCAUUCAUUCAGUCCAUGACUUUCAAGAUGCCACACACCGCAGAGACCUUCUUGCCGCCAGUGAUCGAUCCGAUGUCAGGCAAAGAGCAGACCUUCAUGUACACACCCCAAUGCCACCAAACACGCCCCAAGAAUCCGAGGUACGGGAGUUGGGAGAUGACCGAUUUGCUGGUGAAGCAGUAUCCGCCCUUAUUCCAUGCCGCUGCGGAUAUCCCUUCGUUUGUGCAGGCUUUCUCUUCCAUGCCGAACCUGUGCCAUCUUCGCAUCAAUUGUGACGGUCAGCUGCCCAGCCAUCGGUAUCGUAGGAGUAUAGUGGAUUAUGCACUCAUUUCCUUGCGGAUAGCGGUCGAGCAGGCGCCACUGUUGUCGUUAAAUCGGCUUUCAUUGCUCUCAGUUCACCCCGGGGCGGUAUUGUACCUACGGCCGAGUCUGAGCUUUGGUGCAUCUCCUGCGUCCCGGAAGCGCUGGUCUCAGAUUCGCCACUUGUCCAUUCGCAUGGCAAGCUUUCCCCACGAGACCGGUCCAACCGAUCACUUGAAGCUUUUACAUGCCUAUCUGCACAGCUUCCCUGCUCUCCAUAGUUUGGUGUUUCACUGGGAGGGCCAGAAGGGACUGUCGCCAAUCUCAUUGGCGUCGGAGCCAUGCCUGACACGGCCGAUCAAUAGAGCACUUGGUCAGUAUGGCACUCAAAAGACCAAGGCUUCCUUGAGGCCAUUGAAAAUGCCGUCGUUGCAGCACAUGGAACUGGUCAAUGCGACCAUCGACGCCUCACAGGUAGCAUCGUUCAUCUUUGAUCACCGACAUUCCCUCCACGAGUUCAAUCUCCAAGAUGUCCAUUUGCGAACGGGUAGUUGGGAUGAGGCUCUGGCACCCUUGACCAAGCUCAGUGGCAAUGAGCGCUGGAAAGAGACCCAGAAACACGCCAGCGCCAUUGACGUCCCGAUUGUUCUCAGCCCGGCCGGUGUCAGCCAGAAGCAACUGCAACGAGCCAUCUGUGCAGUCCAGCGCCAAAAGGACGGACUGCGGAGUUUGGCGCAGACGCGAGUGCGCGAGAGGAUCUGGGGACGACCGGAUCAUAUGAAGCGGCUCGUACCGCCAUCGGUGCUGAGCUGGCGGUGA